UGCACACACAACCAACCAUUAGAUUUUCUGACAAAGUGGUGCCCGUGACGUAAAACCAGUCACCAAAAACUAAGCUAAAAAACACACCCCCUCGGCCUUCUCUACUGUUUUCUCCAGUCUCCAUAACUCCCCAUUAUCACAUUGCCUCACAAUCACAAAUGGCCACUACAUUAUCUUCAUUGACACUCCUCUCCAUUAUUUUCACACUCCUACUUCGUCAAGCACAUUCAGUCACUCACUGGGAAGACAUACGAGUACUUGAAGAUUUCAAGAACGCAGUUACGCCAAACUCAGUGAGUCCUGGCUCGUGUCUGAGUUCGUGGGACUUUACACUCGACCCGUGUGACAAUCUUUACUCUGAUAAAUUCACUUGUGGCUUUCGAUGCGAUUUAGUAGUAUCGAAUGCGAGCCGAGUCACUGAACUCGCUCUUGACCAAGCGGGUUACUCGGGCACACUCAGUUCUAACUUGAACCUCCCUUACCUCCAAACACUCGACCUUUCUAACAAUUUCUUCACUGGCCCGAUACCCAACUCGUUAUCGAACUUGACUCGGUUGCAAAAACUCAGUUUAUCAGGUAACUCGUUCACCAGCUCCGUCCCUGACUCAAUUGGCUCGCUCAUCAGUCUCGAAGAUCUUUCACUCGACUAUAAUGACCUCAGGGGCACAGUCCCGUUUGCCCUCAACGGUCUAAAGAAUUUAAAAAGACUCCAACUCGGAAGCAACCAGCUAACAGGCGAGUUCCCCGAGUUGACUCAGCUGAGUCAACUCGUUUUCCUCGACGCCAGCAACAAUGCCAUCUCUGGCAACAUCCCAUCUCGCUUCCCACCGUCUGUUAUGGAAAUCAUCAUGCGAAACAAUCAAAUCCAAGGCAAAAUCCCCGAAAAUAUACUUUCAAAUUUGAGUUAUUUACAAGUACUCGACCUGAGUCACAACCAACUCACCGAGUCAAUCCCACCGAGUCUCUUCACUCACCCCACUUUACAACAACUAACCCUCUCAUACAAUAAUUUACAAGCCAUUCAAUCCCCUGCAACCUCAAAUUACCAAAACACCCUUAUAGAAAUAGAUUUAAGCAACAACAAUAUCCACGGGUUUCUACCCGGUUUCAUGGGUCGGAUGCCCAGCUUAUCCGCUUUAUCACUGGAAAAUAAUAAAUUCACGGGUAUGAUACCGACCCAAUACGCCGUAAAAGCGGUGUUCCCGGAGACCGGAACGGUGCCGUUUCAGAGACUAUUGCUGGGAGGGAACUAUUUGCUUGGAGGCAUACCGGGUCCUUUAACGGGUCUAAAACCCGGGUCGGUUAAUGUAAAUUUGGGUGAUAAUUGUUUGUACCGGUGUCCUGCAAUGUUUUUCUUUUGUCAGGGUGGGUCACAAAAGUCAUUUACAGAGUGUAAAAACUUUGGGCCCGUCAUUCCUUGAACGUUGUACUCUACUCGUUUCCACUGCCUAUAUGUAAUCUACUUGCAGUGUACAUUAUUAUUAGCUUUAGGUUUUGUCAGGAAUCUAAUGCUUCUGUUAAGGAUUGGAAUUCCAGAUAUUUUUCAUUGUUUUUUGUUGUAUAAUAAUAAUAAUAAUAAAAUCGUUUUGUUGAGUGAA